CGGAGAUGGAGGUCUCCGCUUCCGGCUACUUCUGCAUCGACUCUCUGCUCUCCCUCAAGCCGCCCGCAGCGCUCCUCUCUCGGCCGCCUCCUCCGGAGCUCAGCCCGGCGGGCAGCGGCGGCUCGGAGCCGUCUUCCCCGCGGAGGGAGUCCGCUGCCCGGCUGGAGGCUCCGCUGCAGCCCCGCUCCGUCAUCUCCUCCUUCCUGAUCCGGGACAUCUUGGCGGAUUGUCGUUCCUGUUCUGACCCGGGUCAGGUCUAUUCUGACCCGGGUCAGCCGGAGAUGGAAGUCGAACCGUUCCCGUCCGGAGCGGAGGAAAGUCAGAGCAGCGCUUCUUCUGACAGCGAGACCAGAGCUCUAUCAGACCAAUCAGCUGAGCGCACCGAUGUGACGUCAUGUUCGCCUGGCAAUCACUCAGCGCUCGGCGGUGCUGACCCGGUUCGACUGAAGAAGCCCCGGAAGGCCCGAACCGCCUUCAGCGACCAGCAGCUGUCCAGACUGGAGAGAAGCUUCCAGAAGCAGAAGUACCUGAACGUCCAGGACCGCAUGGAGCUGGCAGCCGCCCUGCAGCUGAGCGACACGCAGGUCAAGACCUGGUACCAGAACCGCAGGACUAAGUGGAAGCGUCAGGCCGCUGCUGGUCUCGAUCUUCUGGCUGAAGCCGGCAGGAUGUUUCUGCAGCCACACUUCCUGUACCCUCCGGCCCCGCCCACCCUGGACCUCUACCUUUACCGAGGCCACGCCCACCACCACAAUGCCCCGCCCCUGGUGCCCCGCCUCCUCACCCACACCAACCCUCGCUGACAGCAGCAGCUACUGGGAAGACUGGGAGGACUGGUGGGACU